CGCAGGCCCGCCAGGAGCGUGGUCCGCGACCGCGCCCCGCGGGGCGGCGAUGAGCUGUACGCCCGCGGCCGCGGCCGGGAGUUCUCGCCGGUGUACUACCGCAGCCGCACGCCGCCGCCGCCGCCGCGAGGCGGGGCUCGCUCGCCUCCGCCGCGGCGCAGGCCCCCCUCGCCGCCGCCGAGGCGUGCUCCCCCGCCGCGGGCGCCAGUGAUCGAGAGCGUCCGCGCGGCCGUGCCAGCCCGGGCUCCGCCGGCUCCGCCGGCCCGCCGGCCGGCCGCCCCGGCGGCGGGCCGCGAGCCGUCGCUGGGCAGCUACUACUCGUACGAUGAGAGCCCGCCGCCGGUGCUGGGCGGACGGGGGCCGCCGGUGGAGCCGCCACGCAAGGCGCUGCCGCCGCCGCCCAGGCGCCCGGAGAGCCCCCCGCACGCCCGGGCGCCCGCGGACCGCUACGAGGACCGGCGCGCGGGCCGAGGCCGGCGGUGACGUCCG